AUGGAAGGCGUCUGGGCCGUCCGCGAACGCCUGCCCAUUGUUGAGCUGCUCAAGGGGCUCGCCAUCGCGUGCGUCCUCGGCUCCUUUCUUGCGCCGCUCUCAGGGAAGACGUCAACAUCGGCCAAAGCUUCCCCGCCAUCCAUUCGAGUGCGAUUACUUCAGACUGUUGGCUUCCUAUGCCUUUUCCUGGCAGCUAGCGCUUGGCUAGCACUUGUGGACAAAUACGUCCCUGAGCCGUACCUUGAUGAGGUGUUUCACAUUCCGCAGGCCCAAACAUACUGCGAGAGCCGCUUCUUCGACUGGGACGACAAGAUCACCACCCCACCAGGCCUCUACCUACUGUCUGUGGUGUAUCACAAGCUCUGGCUAUUGCCGCAAUGCACUCCAUCCAGUCUAAGGUUCAUCAACCUACUCGCUACGCUCUUAACCGCCUUCGCCGCCUCGCAAUGCCGGCACCUGAUCGAGAUUCGGAUGGCGGAGCGAGACGGGAAGCCCGGCCCUCAGGGCAUCUCCUGGUAUGCGUACCAUACGGGUCUCAACGUCUCCCUCUUUCCCAUCAUCUUCUUCUUUUCAGGAUUGUACUACACCGAUGUGGUCUCAACCUUGGUUGUGCUGGUUGCGUACCGGAACCACCUGCUUCGGAUAGGCACUCAACGUCCAAGUCUAGCGAAUGACCUCUGCACGGUGAUGUUGGGCAUCGCUGCGCUCUUCAUGCGGCAGACCAACGUCUUCUGGGUCGUUGUGUACAUGGGCGGCUUGGAGGCAGUCCAUGUCCUGCGGUCUGUGCAGUCCGAUUCUCAGCCGUCCCAACAGAAGCUCAAGCUUCAUGACCCACCCUUAAACCAGUCGGGCGCUGAGGACUGGCUGGCCUGCCUGCUUACCAUUGCCAUCACGGCCCUCUGCAACCCUGCCAAGGUUCUGCGGCAGGUCUGGCCUCAUAUCGCCAUCCUCGGGUUGUUUGCCUGUUUCGUGGCCUGGAACGGGGGCGUGGUCUUGGGAGACAAGUCCAACCACAUCGCCACCAUCCACCUCGCCCAGAUGCUGUACAUCUGGCCGCUCUUUGCCUUCUUCUCCGCACCCCUACUUCUGCCAUCCAUCAUCUCGGCCGCCUUUCACCCCGUACGAUACCUGCAAUCUCUUCUCUUCAUAUCGUACGGAAGGUCCUCCUCCCGAUGGUCGUCCCUCCUCAACCUAUCCUCCACCCUCCUUGCCAUCCUCCUCUCCCUGGAGGUGGUCAAGUACAACACCAUCAUCCACCCCUUCACCCUCGCCGACAACCGGCACUACAUGUUCUACGUCUUCCGGUACACCAUCCUGCGCUCCCCGUCCCUCCGCCUCUCCCUCGUCGCGGCCUACACCUUCUGCCGCUGGCUCGCAUGGGACACCCUCUCCAGGGGAAGAAGCUCUCGGCCCAUAGCAGAGGAAUCACCUCAAGCCGACCUCAACAACACCAACGGCAAUGAAGAUGCGGGAAAGAACCCCGGCUCCCACCCCGCGGAAGGCGUAAACAUAAUGAUGUCAACUAACCCGCCCCUCACAUGCACAUCCACAUCCACCGCCCUCCUCUGGCUCCUCACCACCGCGCUCUCACUCAUCACCGCCCCGCUCGUCGAGCCACGGUACUUCAUUUUGCCGUGGGUAUUCUACCGGCUUUUGGUGCCACCUUGGUCAUCAUCAUCAUCGUCGUCGUCAUCAUCAGCCGCAACUGCGGUUUGGGGUGGUGGUUCGGGUACUAGCGCAAGCGGAAGUGGGAAGACCGGCGGUUCGGGUCGUGCGUCGUGGUGGGAAGAGGUGGACAGGACGGUCGACAGGCGGCUUAUGCUGGAGACAGUUUGGUUCUUGGUUGUGAAUGCGGUGACGAUGUACGUGUUUCUGUUCAAGCCCUUCUAUUGGAGGGGUGAAGACGGGGAGCUGCUUGAUGGGGGCCGGGUGCAGAGGUUUAUGUGGUAG